AUGGCAAGAGGCAAUCGCACCACUGUGACAGAAUUUGUCCUCAUGGGAUUCACAGAUCGCCCUGAGCUUCAGCUCCCCCUUUUUGUGGUAUUCCUGGUGAUUUAUCUCAUCACCCUGGUGGGAAACCUUGGCAUGAUCCUGCUCAUCAAGGCAGACUCACGGCUUCAUACACCCAUGUACUAUUUCCUCAGUCACCUGGCUUUCAUAGAUCUCUGUUAUUCAUCUUCCAUUGGGCCCAAAAUGCUGCAAAAUUUAUUAGUGAAGAAAAAAACCAUCUCCUUUUCAGGCUGUUUUGCUCAGCUGUACUUUUCCAGUGCUUUUUCCACUACUGAAUGCUUCCUCUUGGCUACCAUGGCCUAUGACCGCUACAUGGCCAUCUGCAACCCCCUGAUCUACACAGCCAUCAUGACACAACGGGUCUGUAAGGAGUUGGUGGUAGGAGUCUACACCUAUGGCUUCCUGAACUCUGUGAUACAGACAGUACUGACUUUCCAGCUGUCUUUCUGCAACUCCAAUGUGAUCCACCACUUCUAUUGUGCUGACCCCCCUCUCCUCGCACUCUCCUGCUCUGAUACCCACAACAAAGAGAGGCAGCUCCUGAUCUUCUCGGCAGUGAAUCUCACUGGAUCCCUCAUGACCAUCCUUAUCUCCUACAUCUGCAUCCUGGUCUCUAUUAUAAAAAUUCAGUCUUCCCAGGGCAAAUGUAAAGCAUUCUCCACCUGUGCCUCCCACCUCACCGUGGUCACCAUCUUCUAUGGAACGUUAUUUUUUAUGUACCUGCAGCAACCAAAAACAGGGAAUUCAUGGAGGUAUAGCAACGUGAUCUCUGUGUUUUAUAGUCUUGUAAUUCCCAUGCUUAACCCUCUCAUCUAUAGCCUGAGAAAUGCAGAGGUAAAGGAGACCCUGAAAAAAAUGUUAGAGGGCAAAGCUUCACAGUGA